AGAUAUUUAUUUUCUUCAUGAUGAGGAUGCCAUUCAUAGAGAUUUGCAUUCAGGAAAUAUAUUACACUACAAAUCUAACAAUGAGUGGUAUAUUGGUGAUCUCGGAUUUUGUGGACCUGUUGAUAAACCAUUAGGAAGCAUAUAUGGAAAUCUUUCUUAUAUUGCACCAGAAGUAAUUUUUGGAAAAGAAUGUACUAAAGCAUCAGAUAUUUAUAGUAUGGGUAUGCUUAUGUGGGAAAUUUCAGCAGGACAACCACCCUUUGCCAAUUUUGAUCAUAAUUAUGAUCUUGCCAUGAAUAUAGUAAAUGGAAUGAGACCAAGGAUUGUAUCAGAAACUCCAUUAGAAUAUAAAAAGUUAAUGAAACAAUAUAUGGAUAGUCAAAUUAAUAUGAUCCUAAUGACAGAAAUGAACGAAAUAUCAUUAAGUCCAAAUCUGCAGAUGGUCAGAAUAGCCCGAAAU